UCUGGGUUAAUACCAUCGCGUAUACGGAGAACCAGAUUCUGGCGUCGUUCGAUCCGUACUGCCCAGUACGACUCGCGGAUCGACUGUGAUUAAGCAUAAGCAUGUACGCGAGCAGCGCCUUGCAAUGGUACCUUCUCGGCACGUUUUGGUUCCACGCAAUGUGCGGAUGGUACUCGGUCGAUGGAACCACCUUGCGGAACCACCGUGACGUCGUCGGCGAUGGCGGAGAAGCGGUACCGGUACAUCGAUAUUAUCAGGAGCGCACCGGUGAUAAGGAAGUAGUGCACGGUACGAUGGUUGUGAAUAGUAGUACCUAUCCAAGGAGUGGGGCUGACGAUAUGGUGAUUCGUGAUAGUAGUACACAGAGGAACGAUAGUAAUAACGACGGAUUAGGGAUUAAAGAGUUAGUACCGAGGAAUACUACUGCGAAUUUGUACCAGGAUCGCAGCACCACCAAGGAGGUAGUAUCAAGUGCAACGCCAGUAGCGUUACCGGAUCAAGUUGAUGAAAGCAGUACGACUUCACGGAAUCGCCAAAGGAAAGGUGAAAGAGAUGUGGUACAGAAAAAGAGUGAAACAAACAACGACGAGGGAGGUUCCCCUUUCAAAAGACAAAAUGUGAUUAACGGUAGUACUUUUGGGUAUCGGUCGAAUCAUACGCUGGAUGUUACAGGUGAAAUGCUAAAUACUUCGUCCGACCACCUACCAUCAAAAACGUCAACCUCCACCGAUUCUGAAGAGGUAGUGCUUGCUGGCCGAGGAAUGAAGAUGCCCAAACCAAAUAGUCAAACAAUGCAGUACCUGCUUGUCCCAGGCUUCAUCUUAUCCGGCCUUCUACCAUGGGUCAUGCCGAAACUGCAGAUGAUCGCCAUGGCUCUGUCCAUGGUCAACAAUAUGGCUUUCACCAGCGCGCUGUUUACUCUGAUAAGGAACUUCAUUUUUGAGAGGGAAUCUGCCCAGAAUGUGUUGUAUAUCAAUAACGGAUAUAAGAAGAGAAAUAGGCAUCGCAAUAAGGGUCAUCUAGAACAUGCCCCAAUUCAGUAUGACCACCAUGGUCCUGGCUCAGAUCACUAUGAGCCUCCUGGUAGCUACGAAUAUCAAGAAUAUGCUCACCGUCCUUCUGGUUUAGAUCACCAGGAGUAUCCUAGCAAUCACAGGGAGUACCAGCAGUUUCAGGAUCAUUCACCGAUACCUUUAGGGUGGGAGAGUCAGGGGCCUCCUGAUAAAUUCAGUGAAAAAUGGAGGAGAUCCAAUAUUUCUUAAAAAUCAUUCCGAUCUUAAACCAUACUUUACAUAGUGAUGUAUUUCCUAUUAAUUCCAGUAAACUAAACUGUAUCCAUCGAAGAAACAAAGUAAAAUCAAACAUAUACACCCGUAAUGCACGUGAUUAGGAACUUAACCGUAGGAGACGCUACAGGGCCGUAUCAAGCUAUUGUGACUGAUCUAUAAAAAAAUGUCGUACAAGAUAUGUGUUGCUGUAAAUUCUAUCAAAAGCAUAGUAAAUUAUCAGGAAUAUACCACGCCUUUCUAAUCAUAUUUCGACAUUAGGAAUCAGUGCAAAAAAUUCUGUAUUCACCAUUUCAGCAAAAUGUUACUAAAACGCACACGAAAAAAACUUGUGGACCAUCUCAAUUGAAAUUGUUCAUAUUUUAUUAUUAACUUACAUAUAUACCCAAUAAUAUUUACAAAUCAACCUUCUAUUCACAAUGCAGAGCAAAUUUUUUUGAGCAAAUAGAAACUACAGACGUAGUAGUAGUAGUACAAAAGUUUAUUACA